AAAAGAUUUAAAUUGAAAAUAAAUUUGAAAUGUUUUUUUUACUGAUUUGUUUAAAUAAUCCGAUAGUAUAAUAUCAUAUUAAAUUAUUCACAGUUGAAAAUAUAUGCUUUGUUUAUUUUGAGAAUAGCACAGGCUCGGCCACUACAACCAUGAUUUAUACAAGAGUAGGACUUCCUCAAAAUUUCAGACAUUGUAGCAGAUGUAUGUCAUCAUUACAUAGGCCAAGAAGUAUUGUGACACUAUCACAGAUCCAUCUGAGAACUUCACAAAACAUAUUAGAUACUAAACCACAAUAUCAGCAAGCACAAUGGAUGCAACAAAGAACAAAAUCAACAAACAGUGAUUUUUGUUGGAAUUAUUUCUCAACUGAAUGGGGACCAGUGCACUAUGCUCAUGAACUGUUGUUGUAUGUACACACUACAACAGGGUUGCCAUGGUGGGCGAGUAUCGCCUUGACAACAUUUGGACUCAGAACAUUGGUUACAGUUCCUCUCCAGGCGCAGUCUAUUAGUGUAAUGGCAAAAAUUAGCAUCAUCCAACCGGAGAUCAAGAAGAUUGCUGAUAGGUUAAAAUAUGAGGUUGCUAAGGCAACAAAACAGUAUGGUUGGUCUAAGAAGAAAGCCAGGAGGGAAUAUGUAAUUCAUAUCAAAAAAGAAAUUAAGAAGCUGUAUAUAAGAGAUAACUGCCACCCCAUGAAAGCCACCCUGAUAGUGUUCUUUCAGAUUCCUUUGUGGAUAAGCCUCUCAUUUGCACUUAGAAACAUGAGUGGGUUAAUCCCAUUUACCAUGACCCCCAGUCCCGCACUAGAAAUGUCCCUAGCUACAGAGGGGUUGUUAUGGUUUCCUAGUCUAUUGGCCUGUGAUACUACCUUGCUGCUACCUGUUCUACUUGGUGUUGUCAAUCUAGCAAUUGUAGAGAUGCACACACUGAGGCCAGCAAGCCAGAAGAGUUCAAAGAUGGACAGGGCAGCUACCUGGUUCUUACGUGGAGUGAGCGUGCUUCUGGUUCCCAUUGCAGCAACUAUGCCUUCAUGUAUGGCAUGGUACUGGUUGUGCUCUAGUUCAUUUGGCCUUGCUCAGAAUCUCCUUCUGAAAUCACCAACAUUCAAACGUGCAAUAGGAGUCCCCCUCAUACCAAAUGAAAGCCUUACACCAUACAGAGACAUGGCCCUAGCAGCCAGGCAAAGGGUGGAAUCAAUAAAGAAUAGACUUGGACAAUCAAACCAAUGAUAGAAUAUUUUUAUAAUGAUUGCUGCUGUUAGAAGAUGUGAUUCAGGAGUUGGGAAUUGUGUGUCAUGUGCGAACGAUUUUAUGAGUGACAAUACAGAUAACAAAUAGUAUUCAAGUGAAAAACAUUAAGUCAAAGUAAUCGUGAAUAUCUAUAGUGAAUUUUACAUGCUUCAUUUGGUUUGAUCAAUGAAUAAAAUCAUGAAGAAUACUUUGAUUUCUCUGUGUUCAAAAUUGCACCCACA